UUUCUGUGUGAAAACAUGAAGGGAACCCAAAGCUGAGCUGAUGGAUUAAAACAUGCUGGGGGUCCGGGCCCCUCGUGGCCCCCUCCGUCUGCAGGCCUGGCUUCUCCAGGUCAGGAAGCUCUGUACUGAGCCAGGGGUCAGAGGUCAGGGCGUGUCUCUGCAGAACCUCCGGGUGGUUUAGGGAAGCGAGGCCUGCAGAACGUUUCCUUCCUCUGCAAUCUGUCCUGCUGAAAACGAGAAGCUGAGGAGAUUCAGUGGAAGGAGAAACUCUGGCCACACAGCGGGCGAGAGAGAGGGGGAGAGAGAGAGGGCGAGAGAGUGACAGAGAGAGAGAAAAACAGAGACGUUACAAAACCACAAAGUGCUGAGCAGACGGUUCCUGCUGGGAGGAGGAGGAGCUGCAGGAGGUUCUGGACUCGGCCGGUCAGAUUCCUCCAGAGACGGACCGAAGAGACGCUGCGUCUCGCUCAUCUCCAGGUGUUCAACAGCUCCAAAGACUGAAGACAGAAGAGCGUCUCCGCCAUGUUCAACAGCUUCAGGGACAAGGACAUGGACACCUGCACCCUCUGGGUCAAAGAGAGUCCUCCUGGCUCUGUCUCCGGUCUCUUCAGGUUCAGGCGCUGGCUGUUUCCCGCUCUGAUGGUUGCCGUGGUGUUCGUCCUGAUCCUGGUUCUGGGAGUCACCAACACAAAGACAUCCAGCCGGUUGUGGACUGCAGAGGAGGACAUGUCCAUCCUGGCUGACAGGAUGGAGUCCCUGAACGCAUCGCUGCAGCAGAGUCACGAGUCCAUUAAAGACCUUCAACACCUGCAGUGGUCCAUUCAGGACAACAAGGACCGGCUGGCCUCAGUGUCUGCAGCCCUGCAGCAGCUGGCGGUUCUGGACUCUCUGAGCCGGGCCGUGGACGGGCUGAAAUGUUCCCUGGAGCGGAUCGUCAGCAACAGCUCAGCGACCGGACCGUGCUGUCCCCUGGACUGGACCCGGCUCGGGUCGGACUGCUACUUCUUCAGCCAGCAGCACCUGAACUGGAACCAGUCCAAGAGCUGGUGUGAGAGGAAGAGCGCUCACCUGCUGAUCCUGCACAGCAACCAGGAGUGGGACUUUGUGACCAAGAAGUCGGUUCCUGACUUGUACUGGGUCGGCUUGACUGAUGGGAGAACUGGGAGGUGGGAAUGGGUGAACCAGACCCCUUACACCAUAGAGCGCAGGCGGUGGGUUCCCGGCCAGCCCGAUGCCUGGACCGGUCACGGUAUGGGUCCUGAAGAUGAAGACUGCGCUCAUCUCCAUAGCAACGGGCGCCUUAACGACAUCCACUGCAGCACCACCAUGCGCUUCAUCUGCCAGAGACGCAGCACCAACACCUGAAGACACCUGGACACAGGCUCCGCCCACAACCCAGAGCGGACCGGAGCAGUUAGAGACUCAGACACCUGAUGAUGAUGAUGAUGAUGAUGAUGAUGAUGUGGCAUUAAAGGAACAUCUAGAA